AUGGCCGAGGCGCUGGCGAGCCUCUGCGGCGCCCCAGCCCUGCUGCGCUGGGCCGCUCCCUCUUUCCUCUCAGCAGGUGCUGCGGUUGGUCUUGCUAAUUGUCCCACGGGUCCUGACGCUCCUCAUGGUCCGCCGCUCCCACAGACCCGCCCCAAUCCUCACUCUCUGAGCGACCUGAUUAUGCCACUUCUUCUAGUGCAGCGCCAGCCGCGUCGCCGAGGCACCAUGGUGAAAGUGAAGGUUGGAAUAAACGGCUUUGGUUGUAUUUGGCACCUGGUCACCAGGGCUGCUUUUAACUCUGGCAAAGUGCAUAUUGUCAUCAUCAAUGACCCCUUCAUUGACCUCAACUACAUGGUCUACAUGUUCCAGUAUGAUUCCACCCAUGGCAAAUUCCAUGGCACAGUCAAGGCUGAGAACGGGAAGGUUGUCAUCAAUGGAAAUCCCAUAACCAUCUUCCAGGAGCGAGAUCCCACCAAAAUCAAAUGGGGGGAGGCAGGCGCAGAGUAUGUUGUGGAGUCCACUGGUGUCUUCACCACCAUGGAGAAGGCUGGGGCUCACCUACAUGGGGGUGCCAAAAGGGUCGUCAUCUCUGCCCCUUCUGCUGAUGCCCCCAUGUUUGUGAUGGGUGUGAACCAUGAGAAGUACGAAAACAGCCUCUGCAUUGUCAGCAAUGCCUCCUGCACCACCGACUGCUUAGCCCCCUUGGCUAAGAUCAUCCAUGAAACUUCGGCAUUGUGGAGGGACUUAUGA